UCUUAAGAGACAUCUGAUGACGGAGGAUACACUGCUGGAAAUGUGGAAUAGAGGAGACACAGAGAAGGAGUCCUGCGUGGAUCAAGAAAGGGAAUCUCAGGCACGCAAAAAACUAUCCCAUUCGAUUGAAGAAAUACUGAGGAGGCCCACAUGUGUCAGAAAAGAUAAAAUAGCUCAGCGUAACUGGUCUGUUAUCAAGGAGAACACCAGAAUAUCUAAUCAGCUCUCAGUAGAAACUCCACAAAUCAGACGACUUGAAGAGUGUCCAAAAGCCACGACAGACUGCAUGCGUCAGAGGAAAAAGAGGCAAACCAGGGUCACUUUCACGCCGUUCCAGGUGCAGGAGAUGGAGAAAGUCUUCCAGCAGACUCACUACCCAGAUGUCAACACCAGAGACCAGUUAGCCUCUCGGCUGCACCUCACCGAGGGCCGAAUACAGAUUUGGUUCCAGAACCGCAGAGCAAAAUGGAGGAAGGCUGAAACACUGAAGGAUAUAGAGCUGAUGGCCAGUCAACGCAUACAGUCAGCCAGUCAUCCCCUGCUUUAUUAUGAGCUCUUACAGAAGCCCCAGCUGCAGGCGGUGUGCUGGCUGCCGUGCUGCUUACCUAAACCCCUCCAAUCAAGGCUGUUCCUAAGAGCGAGAUCAACUCCCGCCCCGCUGACCGACACACAUUCCGCAGAUCAUAGGACUCUGUAUUUUGACCCGCUGGGGACAGACAGAUAUAAAUGAUGACACUGUUGUGUCAAAGCGUUUUACAUUGCACAUCAUGGUGCAAAGAUCAUGAGUUUCUGGUGAUACACAA